CAACAAAAUGAGCUCAUCAGAAGUGGCCAGUCACUACAACAAAGUUCUACAGGUUGGCAUCGAAGGCAGGAAAGAAAGUCGUAUUUUCUUUAUGAGAAAUAUGAAUAACUGGGUGAAGAGCCAACUUAUCAAUGAUGCGAAACAGCGUGUUAACGAUAACGGCGUUAAUAAUCCAAGAGUCUUAGAUUUAGCAUGUGGAAAAGGAGGAGAUCUCAAAAAAUGGGACAUAGCUGGAGCAAAAGAUGUUGUAAUGGCAGAUGUCGCCGAUGUUUCUAUCCAACAAGCAGAAGAACGAUAUAAACAAAUGUUCGGAUAUAAAAAGAACAACAUUUUCACUGUUCAAUUCAUUGUCGCUGAUUGCACAAAAGAGAAUCUGGAGGAUCGUAUUGAAAACAAAGAUCCAUUUGAUUUGGUCAGCUGUCAGUUCGCCUUGCAUUACUCGUUUGUAGAUGAAGCUUCUGCCAGAAUAUUUCUAAAAAACGCCGUAGGAAUGUUGAAACCCGGAGGAGUUUUUAUCGGAACACUUCCAGAUGCUGAUAGAAUUGUUUGGUCGAUGCGUAACGGAGAAAAUGGUCAAUUUGCAAACGAGGUGUGUAAAAUCACAUAUGAAAACGUGGAAGAGUUGGCUGAAGGAAAAGUUCCACUAUUCGGAGCCAAGUUCCAUUUUUCACUCGAUGAGCAAGUCAACUGUCCUGAGUUUCUGGCAUAUUUUCCACUUGUCAAACACCUGCUCGAAGAGCUUGACAUGGAGCUUCUUUUCGUGCAUAAUUUCGCUGAAGCAAUCAACAAAUGGUUGGAACCAGGACGCCGACUUCUCGAAUCAAUGACAGGUCUUGAAACGUAUCCAAAUGAGAAGCUCAGUGGAAAAUCCGACGACGAGUACCUGGAGGCAAAAGCUAAACUCGACGCAUUUCCAGAAGAUGAGAGAAUCAAGACGAUGGGAACACUUUCAAAAUCUGAAUGGGAAGCUAUCUGUAUGUAUUUGGUGUUUGGUUUCCGAAAGAAGAAGUCUGAAGCUGAGAAAACAGAAGAAGAACCAGCUACCACGAAGCCAGUUGCUGAAUCAGAAUCAGAGCAGAAAGAAGUUACUGAAAGCGAAGAGAAAGAAGAUCAGGAAGAUUGUGAGCAUCAAGAAGCUCAGACAAAUUAGGAAUAUUUCAGUUGAUCUCAAUAUUUCAAUUUUAAUAUUAUUUUAUCAUUAUGUUCUAUCAUUCAUUUUGCUAUUUAUUGUUCAUCUCAAAAGUUCAUUAAAAAAAUACAUUGUCAU